CACAGCACAGAAAGGAUAAACCAUCAGUCUGCAUCACAUUGCAUCCAACUUAAGAAAAUGUUCCUGUUGAAUAUUUGCAUCUGUGCUGGUCUCAUGCUGUCCCUACCACCAUGUACAUAUCAGUCAUGCACAGAAGGGACACCCAGACAGUGCCUAGAGGCAGAAUUUGCUCCAGGUUCUGAUUUGGCCGGGGAAGGCUUUGAUAUCACCAGAAUGGAACGUAAGGGGGCCUUCGUGAUCGACAUGAAUCAGUGGAAACGCAAGGACAAAAGAUGCACCCUAUGUAGCAACCCUUAUCUGGAGAACAAAAAGCAAAAGCUCCCUUUGUCCGUUGUGGACUGGAGGCCAAAGCAGUCCUGCAGCAUGAAAAUAGCCAGUAAACUCCACCGAUCCAGUGAGUCUCUAGUCAGUUCCAGCUCCUUUGCAGUUGAAAACAACUGGAAGGUCAAUCUAGAUCUUAAAGUAGGGAAUAAAGGUGCCUCUUUUAUGUUCGCUGGUACCCACUCUAAACUGGCUGAUUAUUCCAUGGGAAAAACAAAGGAUGACAAAUUCAGCUUCACAACUCAAAGCAUGUUCUGUGAGUACUACAGCUAUCGAGUGUCCAACACUCCAAAGCUGCAUAAAGAGUUUUUAAUAGCGGUUAACAAGCUCCCCAAAAUCUACAGCCCAGAUUACAAGCAACGAUAUUACAAACUGAUUGACAACUUCGGAACCCAUUACAUCACAAAGGUGAAGCUGGGAGGAAGUGUUCAAUCAGUGACCAGCAUCAGGCAGUGCCAGGCCAGCCUGCAGGGCCUCAGCUCGGAGGAGGUGCAGAUGUGCCUGGAAGCUGAGGCAUCCGUCAGCAUCAAAGCCACAGUAAAAGCUGAAACAAAGCACUGCAAGAAGGACAUUGAGAAGACUGAAAGUAAGACAUCCUUCUCCAGCCUCUUCAAUGACAGGUUCACAGAAAUAAAGGGGGGCCACACCACAGAGCCAGAUCUUCUAUUCUCUGCUGACAAAAAUCCAUCAGCCUACAAGGAGUGGCUGAACACACUGCCACAGAAUCCAGACGUGGUCUCCUAUUCACUGGACUCGCUGCAUGAAUUACUGCCUGUAAAUACCUCUGUCAGGAAGAACAUGCGCUUGGCCAUCAGCCAUUACAUCCUGGAAAAAGGCCUGUGGAAGAACUGUAGUGAGCCCUGUCAGGCCGGCAUCAAGAGCGACUCCAGAGAUUCCUGCGUCUGCCAAUGCCACAAUGACCCUGCUGUAAACCAAGACUGCUGCCCAACGCGCAAGGGCAUGGCACGGGUCAUCGUAACUGUACAACGGGCCGAGGGACUGUGGGGAGACCACACCACACAGACUGAUGGUUAUGUAAAAGUGUUUUUCGACGGACUGAUGGUCCAGCGUUCUCCUGUCAUUUACAACAACAACAACCCACACUGGGCUGUGGUUGUCGACCUCGGCCCUCGGGAUGUGUCCUCAGGACAAAGAGUGAGAUUUGAAGUGUGGGAUCAGGACAACGACUGGGAUGACGACCUGUUGGGACAGUGUGAGCAAGAUGUGUCUGCUGGAGUUAAGGAGGAUAUCUGUACUCUGCAGCAUGGCCGGCUGUUCUACAAAUGGGAGGUGAAAUGUGCUCCGAGUCUGAGUGGAAGUUCCUGCACGGACUAUAAACCUUGUCAAAGUCUGAAGAAGCUGUAUGUGUCCCGUCAUGCUCACCCUGUCCCAAAGGCUAUGCUGAGAGAGAUGGGUGUGUUUGUGGAUGAGCCGAAUCCAUGGAGAAACCAGUCUUACUACAGAGAUUCAAAAUAUGAUAUAACACCCAUGCUUGCCUGUAAUGAGGCUAAUGUUCAAGGCAUUAGCAUCAUUUUACAACAUUCAUGAGCUUAAUCUAAGUGAAAGUUAUCUAUCACUUUUACCCCACAUUAAAUCUCUAGUGACGACAAAAGAUCAGAAAUACAUCAGUUAGAAAAUAAUUGACAAAGUGCAAAUCAAUAUUAGCAAAACAUCCCUGAUAUCUUGUGUAUAUAUAACAACCAUGCUUGGCUGUACAGAGGCUGAUAUUGUCUAGUAAGAAUCAGUACAUUAUUCAAAUUAGGCAAAUGGUUUUAUCCUUAACUAAUACUGAGAAGUGCAUCACUUCACCACAUGGUAGCACAUCACAGAAUUCUUAUGUGUUGACAAAGCAGUUUCAAUUCAGAUAUGAAAAUUGUUCCUAAAACUUGGUAUAUUCAGGUUAUUUUCAGUUUAAGUCGUUAAUCAUCCAUCCAUCCAUCCAUCCAUUUUCCUCCGCUUAUCCGGGACCGGGUCGCGGGGUCAGCAGUCUAAGCAAAGAUGCCCAGACUUCCCUCUCUCCAGAACUCUUAAUGACUUACUAAGUAUCAAGUAAGUCAUUAACCAAAGUUUUAAUUUACAGUUGCACAGUUUAUAACUUCUGUUUGCUGAAUGAUUUGUUUUUGACAGCAAAGUGUUGUUAAAUCUAGGCUCACAGAAAUCAUCAGGAGCAAGAUUUAGAUGACUGUUGUAUUGUUAUUAAUGUAGAAACAUUUAAAAUAUGAACAAAAGCAGUGACAGACAAGAUCGUUUUGUCCUGUUCAUAUAUCUGCAUAUUUGUAUCAUAUGUGUUCUAUUGUAGAUGUUGUUUUUCACAACAUAGCAAAGCAUAUCCGGUAGAUGAUCCAAAGUUUUAUUCAUUAUGUACAACAUAUGUACUAGUGUAUUUUAAUCACAGUAUAAUUUUGUGUAUUUAUAUUACAUGGCUGUUUAUCCACAA